AUGAAGAUCGUUAAAAGUGAUAGACCACCCUUUUAUGCCACUGCUUGGUCCCUGCAAGAGUUUUCAGAAAGUCCAGCUAUGUCAAGAUGCAAGAAUCUCAGCUCUUCCCACUUGUUUGUGCUCACUGAUGCACCCAAGAGCAUCGCUGAAUGGCUGGUGUUCUGGGAAAAGGAUCCAGUGGAGAUUCUGCUUAAUUUGGGGUUUGGUACAGAAGAACCUGACGUCUGCACAAAAAUCCCUCCUCGGUUCCUCAGUGGUGCUUCUGUAGCAAAAGGGUUCAAUGUCCAAGACUUUUUGGAAGCUCAGAAGCAGCGGAUGGACAUUGAGAAGCCAAACCUAUAUGAACAUUUUUGACGGCUGGAAGUACCUGACCAUGUAUCCAGUGCCUUCACAUCUUUGCUGACCAAUGUCAAUACUCAAUAGACCAAAGCACAGGACACUGGCAAGGGUAAGACUAGUCUGCUGGAUGCUGCAAAGAUCAUACCUGCGAUUGCACAAGUGAAGUGGAGAAGAAUAAGUUAUAUCCUGUAUAGGGCUUCUCGUUAGACACUGCUACUCAAACAGGGCUUGGUGGCACUUGGGAAGCCACCUUGCACAGCAGGAAAGAGCCAUCCUGUUCUUGUGCAGAUAUUGCUGAGGGGGGGCACAGUCCAGAGCACACAUUUCUGCAUGUGUUACAUUGGGCUGUCUGACCCAGGAAACAAAAAUGCCUCAGCAUAUCCUACCUGCCAGUGUCCACUGAUGCCAUCAGAGAAAAUUCAGAGUUUUGAGGAUGAAACUCUACGUGGAAAUGCUCCUGACACCACUUCAGCUGAGUUGCAGGGGGGAGAUCUCCAUUUUGGCUUCUCCUGCCCACUGGGGCCCCCAGGUAUCGACCGCCAGAGCCCAACAACGCCCCCUGCCGACUUCCACGGAGCAACUGCAGGCUUUGCUCCUCCAGUGAUCCAACAGUGCCGCCUCCUGAUCGUGGUUAGAAUUGCGCCAAAAGUUAUACAUUAUCCUUCUAUCCUUACUGAGGGCCAAAAGGUGCUGCUGAUCAGGACCCUACAUGGCCUGGGACAUGGCUCAAACUGUACACUUCAUGAAAUUGAAGUAAUGAAGAGCUCCCGCCAGCAUUUCCAGAAGAAGUUGAAUGAGAUUGAACAGCACCUGACCAAACAGCAGGCACUGUUUUCUGGCACUAUGCCAUGUGAAGGAAGGGAGGAAAGCAGAUACCUGCAACUCUUACAGUGAGCCAUUUGUCAGGAAGUUGCAGAGUUGGAGUUUCAGUUGAAGAAUCAAGAUUAUCAAGUCAGUGAGAGCAUUCUGCAGCAGCUGGACAAAUUACUAGCAGAACAAUCCCAUCUGUUUUCUGAGCUUAAACUCUUUGACUGGAAGGAAGAAAGAAAAACUCAGAAUAAACAAGUGUUUCCAGAUGCUGCUAACACUGUGCAUCCUUGAAGUAGGUGCUCAAAAAUGGUGCACAGAAGAGCUCCUAGCAAAAACAUGACAGCAACAGGCUCCCUCUCUGCCCCACAGCCAGGGGUAACCACAACAGUUUCCUAUCAGGACGACACUUGA